UGCUCAAAAAUAACAAAACACUUAAAACACAAACGGAGAAUAUAUCCACAUAUUUGUAAAAAUUAAAAUUCUCCUUUAAAUUUGAUUGACUAAAACGAUGCACAGAAAUCAUUAUAAUAAUGUGCAACUCGAUGGCUUGGCCACAAACCUGAUGCGGCAAAUGCCAGAGUCGAGUCUUCAUCAGAAAGAUGCCGGUGGGAAUGAGCAGCAGUUGCCAAUGUGGCCCAGCGAGCGAAUUCCUCCUGGUGGCAGCGGCGCCUUUCAUGCCCCCAAAGUGGAGUACAGUAAGGAAACGGCCGAUCUGCUCAAGUUGCUGAUGAAAGAGUCCAAAAUGUCGAUGAUGGUGCGUAAGCAAAUCGAUGAAAGCCUGCGCAAUGGCGAACCAUUGCCAUUGCCCAAGCCACCCCGUCCCAAUACCAACAAUGAUCUGGAUAAGGAGACUCAGGCCAUUCUUGAGCGUGCUCGCAAUGCCAAGCGCAAAAACCUGCGACAAAUUGAGGCAAGCGGCGCAUAUGAGAAGAGCUACUUUCGCCCUAAGCCAGACAAUCGCAUGGUGGGCGAUAAGGCCAAGGCACGUCUGCAAUUCACCAUGGCUGGUAUUGAUUUGCCGGAUCCAGCUGUGAAGCCAUUGCGACGUCCCCGAGAGGAUCGACUGGUUACCGAGGCUGAUAUCAUAAAUGAACUGCUUGAUCAAAUUAAUGAGCGUGCUGAUUGGCUGGCUGAAAUGGAGGCUCUGGGACAAGGCAAGAAAUAUGCCGAAAUACAUGAUCAGAUAUCGGAGCGUCUGCAUCGCAUUCGCACACUAGAGACGAAGAUGAAGAUGAAAGCGCAGGGUGGCUAUCGUUUUGUGGACUAGCAUGAAGUCCAUGAAUAAAAUGUGUUUAAUGUUAAGCGACAGAAUUAAUGUUAUCAAAAAUAAAUUCCACAAAUUGUUGCAACGAGUAUUCAA